AUGGGCAAGGGACAGCGCGUUCGUAAAGCCGCUGCCGACGCCGUGCUGGCGUCCGCCUUGACCUCCGCCCCAGCAGCUUCCGUGCUCGAGCAGCAGCAGCAACAAGCGCCGAGUGUUUCGGCGUCGCCAUCGCUUCCGUUCGUCUCGUCCAAGUCGUCCACUCCGCUUCCGUCCGUCACCAAGCAGCUCUCCCCGCCUCGCUCCGACACGUCCGUGUCUUCCGCCUCUGACGACUCGGACGAGCUCCGUGAGCUCGCCACGGAAGAGCAGCUUGCAGCCUUUCAAGCUCUAGAAGACAUUGAUGCAGUCAAGACGACGCUCGACGCGGUCCUCGCGCGUCUCGGUGCUGCUUUCUCGUCCAAGAGCGAGCGCAACGCUGCUGCUAUUGACCUCAGUGUAGCUCUGGAGCUCACUGGACUCGGCAGUCCUGCUGCUAUUCACGUGCUCGAAGAGCUCAAGAAGUUGCUCGUGGCCAAGCCCACGAGUGCUCGUGAAGGCGCGCUCCUUGCGCUCGUCGCGCUGUGUAAGCGCGAGAAGCUCUCGGUGGCCAUGGAGCCAGUGCUGGUCGAGCAGCUGACGGUCCUCAUGCAACGCCAUGCGGACUCGGAGCACGCGGUCAAGCACGUGGCCGUGACGCUGGCCCAGUGGAUUGCCCAGAAGGUGAACCCAUUGGCGAUCCACUCGGUGCUCAAGCAGAUUUACAAGGCACUGGAGCUGCGUCAAUGGCAGAGCAAAGUUGCCGCUUUGAAACUGCUCAAAGAGCUCAGUGAGACUGCAAGUGAAGAGGUGUCUGGCUGGCUUCCCGAGAUCAUGCCGAUCGUGACUGCUUAUGUGUGGGACACGAAGAAGCAAGUGCAAGCCGCGUCUAUUGAGGCGCUCAUUGCCGUGUGCUCCAAGAUCAGCAACGACGACGUUGUGCCGCUCGUGCCUACACUUGUAGGUGUCAUUGCUCGUCCAGAAGAGACCAUGAAGGCUAUUGACAGCUUACUCGCGACUACUUUUGUCGCGAACGUGGACGCACCGACGCUAUCGCUGAUUGCGCCGCUGUUGCACAAAGCGUUACGGGACACGAGUAUCCACAGCUCGUCGCUCAAGCGCAAGGCAUCCAAGAUCAUUGACAGCAUGUGUCGUCUCGUGGUGCGUCCAUCGGACGUGAUGCAAUUUGUGCCUCUGCUGUUGCCUCAGCUGGAUACUGCGAUCGACCGCCUCAUUGACGCCGAGGUGGUGGAAGCUGCGAAAGAAGCUCGAGCUCAUCUCGUGCACGCUGCAGGCGACGGCGAAGCAAUGGACGAAGACCCGAUUGAGAUUCGUCGGAAGCUGGAAUCCGAUAUCUUGACUGCGUUCGUUGAUACACUCGACCAUUUGAUGCACCGUAGCUUGACGAGUUUCACGCUCGAGUACGUCACGGACGUGUGCACGGAGCUGGCGACUCAGAACCGAGGAUCCGAGUGGCGUACCAUUGUCAUGGCAUAUCUGAUGCCCCACAUGACCAACAGUGACGCCGAGUACGUUUGUGAUGCCCUGCGUGCUGCUGGUGGUGGACUGGGCGAAGAAUGCGAGAAAUCCACCGACCCGAACGAUGUGUGUGACCUCGACUUCUCGCUCGCGUACGGUGGCAAGAUUUUGCUGCGUAAUGCACGCCUUCGUCUGACCCGUGGCCACCGAUACGGUCUCAUUGGUAAGAAUGGUGUUGGCAAGACGACUUUGAUGCGGAAUCUGGCUACGGGUGCCAUUGAAGGGUUGCCGGAGACUCUGCGCUCCGUGUACGUGCAGCAUGAGGACAUUGUGGAGAGUCAGGGCAGUUUGCUCGAGUCCAUGUGCAAAGCCCCGGAACUCGCGCAUCAGACAACUGCUGCGGUUGAAAAGACGUUGACGGACAUUGGAUUCACUCAGAAGAUGCUGGACGGCGAGAUUGAUGCCUUGUCUGGAGGGUGGCGGAUGAAACUUGCUUUGGCUCGUGCUAUGCUGUACAAUGCCGACGUGCUGCUGCUUGAUGAGCCAACGAACCACUUGGACGUCCACGCGGUGCAGUGGUUGGUCGACUACCUCAAUUCCCUCGACACGAUGACUGUGUUGCUCGUGUCACACGAUACUGGUUUCCUGGAUAACGUCUGUACGGACAUUUUCCACUACGAGUCGAAGAAGCUGGUGCUGUACCCGAUGACGUUGUCUCAGUUCGUAGCUAUUCACCCUGAAGCGAAGCACUACUACGAGCUGAAAUCGUCUGACAUGGUGUUUAAUUUACCUGAACCUGGUCGUCUUGAAGGGAUCAACUCGAUGACGCGUCGGAUCUUGACUUUGGAGAACGCGACGUACUCGUACCCUGGGGCAACGAAGCCUCAGCUCGAAGAUGUGUCGGUCAAGUUGUGUCUCGCUUCUCGUGUUGCUGUGAUUGGUGUCAAUGGAGCUGGCAAGUCGACUCUGAUCAAGAUGCUUGUGCAAGAGACGUCACCGGACACAGGCACGUUCUGGAAACACCAUGCAGUGCGUGUAGCUUACGUGGCUCAGCACUCGUUCCAUCACGUGGAAAAGCACUUGGAAAGCAGUCCCGUUGAGUACUUCCAAUGGCGAUUCAGUGGCGAGAAUGGCGUGGAUCGUGAACUUGGGGAUCACGUCAACUUGAAGCAGUCCGAAGAGGAGAAGAAUCUGUAUGGCCAGAAACAAGGGCAAGUGGAGAAGAUCAUGUCUCGCACUAAGGGCAAAAGGGGGUCCCUCGAGUACGAGUGCAAGAUGGUGGGUCUGUCUGAACGUCAUAAUAAGCGGUUCACACUCGAACAGCUCCAGGAUAUGGGUCUAGGUGCACUUGCUGAAGCCGAAGACAUUCGUCAAGCGACUUUAUCCGGUGGGCUUGACCUGCGUCCGUUGACUACCAAGGAGAUUCAGCGUCAUUUGGAUGACUUUGCUUUACCUGCUGAAUUCGGGACGCAUGGAAAUAUCCGGGGUCUAUCGGGUGGUCAGAAGGUCAAGUUGGUCAUUGCUGCUGCAAUGUGGAACCGUCCGCAUUUGCUCGUGCUGGAUGAGCCAACGAAUUACUUGGAUCGGGCUGCCCUUGGUGCUUUGGCUGACGGGAUUCGUCAAUAUGCUGGCGGUGUGAUUAUGAUUUCUCAUAGUGAAGAGUUUUACAACUCGCUUUGUACGGAGAAAUGGUUGGUGGAGGCAGGUCGGUUGACGAUUAUCGGCGAAGCUCAAGAGAAGGAGUACCGCGCGGGUGGAGGACGGAAAGUGAUCGAAGAAGAGCCUGAAGAGGAAAAGAAGGUUGGCAGCAAUCACAACGUGAGUAUGAAGCGCACGAAGUUGACGAACCCCAAGACGUUGCGGCCGCUAAGCAAGCAGCAGAUCCGGAAGCUGAGCAAAUUGUGUAAAGCUGCGGGCGUGUCGUUUGACGACUUUGUGGACGGCAUCACGCGUGAAAGCCCCGAGUGGAAGUGGCUGUAA